CGUCAACAACUGGAUUCCAGCUAUUUUCGGUCAACUAGCUUUGCUAGUUUGCUAGCUUCAAGAUAUCGCAUUCACUAAAACGCGCCCAGACAAUGUAGAAAGACAUUCGAGUGUUUUCGUCCGCUUAAGUAGCACUCCAGCGAAAGCGUGUGCCGAUGUGCGGUCAAAGUGCCCGGAAACAACGGACAGAGCGCCGUACAUUAGCCGUCGGUGAAUUCAGCUAACAGUGCUAAGCUAGCAGUGUUAGCUGACAGCUGCUGAGCAUUUGACAGUUACAGGAGAUUUACUUUCCGUCUACGAUGUGCCGUCUCUGACAGCGAGAGGACUGCUUGUCAUAUUGGCGUGACCACAGUCCAGAACUAGGUCCUGGUUAACGGUGGUGAAGAUUAGUGGAUCACCUCGGCUGAUCUUUUAACCUCACAGCCAGCUGACAGUAUGAUGCCGAUGAUAUUGACAGUCUACCUCAGCAAUGGGGAACAGGCUGUGACUGAGGUGCCCAUCACACCAGAGACGACGUGUCGAGAUGUUGUGGAGUUCUGCAAAGAGCCCGGCGAAAGUGGCUGUCACCUGGCUGAGGUCUGGCGAGGCAAUGAGCGUGCGAUCCCAUUUGAGCACAUGAUGUAUGAACAUUUGCAGAAAUGGGGGCCAAGAAAACAGGAAGUGAAGUUCUUCCUCCGGCACGAGGAUUCCCCAACAGAGAGCAGUGAUCAGGGGAGUCAGCAGUCUCAAGAACAGACGAAUCGUAAAAGCGGAAACACCGGCGAAAAGCACAAUGAGAAUGGGGUGGGGAAUCAGCGGGUGGAGCUCACACUUUCAGAGCUGCAGGAGAUGGCCACGAGGCAGCAGCAACAAAUUGAGGCUCAGCAGCAGAUGCUUGUUGCAAAGGAGCAACGUUUGCGCUACCUGAAGCAGCAGGAGCGGCGUCAGCAGCAGUCCAUUUCAGAAAGCGAGAAGCUGCAGCAGCUGAAAGAACGCGUGGAGAGCCAAGAGGCAAAGCUGAAGAAGAUACGGGCAAUGAGAGGCCAGGUGGACUACAGUAAGGUCAUCAAUGGCAACUUGUCGGCUGAAAUUGAGCAAGUUAGUAGCCUGUUCCAAGAGAAACAGGCUGAGCUUCAGGCGGCCGUGCUGAGAGUUGAACAGCUCAGCCUGCAGCUGGAAGAUCUGCGGCGAGGCAAGCUUAACGGCAUUCAGACCAGCCUGGGAGGCCAAGUCACUGGCGCAGCAGCACUAGAGCUUCGCAAACUCUACCAGGAACUUCAGAUUCGUAACAAGUUGAACCAGGAGCAAAACAGCAAGCUGCAGCAACAGAAAGAGCUUCUUAAUAAGCGCAACAUGGAGGUGACGCUCAUGGACAAACGCAUCAGUGAGCUACGGGAGCGCCUCUACAAGAAAAAAGCUGAGGCACGUCAAAAAGAGAAUCUUCCUCUCAACAGAGCCAAUGGACCACCCUCACCCCAGCCGGCUCCUGGGACUCUGGGCCGCGUGGCAGCCGUUGGACCCUACAUUCAAGUCCCCGUUCCUGGUCGUCAGGAAGGGGGCUACACCAUUCCACCUGAUCCUCUGAAGCCUCAGACACUGGGUGUCAACAACCAAGUCAACAAUUUACGCUCCAAGUCAGAUGGUGUAAGAAAGCCUCCUGGCCCAUGGAAGGUGUCUGAUUUAGACAUCGUUGUGGACCCGGUACCCCCAUCCCUUCCAGAAUCACACCCAGGCUCCGGAGCCUCCACGGGCUGUGACGCCACGUCUUCUAGUGACACUGGUUGGCCUACUGUAGGCAAGAACAGCACAUCCCUGAAGCCCCCUGAGAGAAGAGACUCAGGAACUGAUAGCCAAGGCAAGAACCCUCCCUCAGGCUCCCCUAUUACACAGAGUGCAGACAAGGCACUGGACUCCAAAAUGGCAGUUUCCUCCCCUGCCAUCUCCAAGCCACAGCCGCCUCCCUAUGGCUCCCACCUCAUAUCUGCACACUCAGGCAGCUCCUUGGAGCACCGUAAAGAUGCACCGCCUCCUCGUCCCCUUCCAACCCCCCCAGCCCUUGCUUGGCCUCGCGUCACACUUCCCACAGGUUCGUCCUCCCAGCAGAUCCAGCAGCGUAUCUCAGUGCCACCGAGUCCCACUUUCCAGCCGAACAUGCCCAUUUUUCCUCCUGGGCCAGGUGAGCGACUGGAUCCUCCACCAGCUGUGGCAAUACGUCCGUUCAUUCCAGACAGAGGGUCACGACCUCAAUCACCUCGCAAGGGCCCAGCCACUAUGAACUCCAGCUCCAUUUAUCACAUGUACCUCCAGCAGGUGGCACCAAAGAGCCAGCCACUAAAGCCCACUCUCAAAGCAGUAUAUGGGAAACCUGUACUCCCUUCCAGCUCGACACCCCCCUCGCCCCUGCCGUUCGUCCAGACAGGCGCAGCAUUCCCAUUGCUCCAACACCAACACAGUGGUGAAGAUACCUUGGACGGUGACCUGGAUGAUCAGGAGGGCUUCCAGCACCUGGAGCCCUCAGCACCCCCUCCCAGUGUGGAGAAUAUUCCACGACCUCUCAGCCCUACUAAGCUAACGCCCAUGGUUCACUCUCCACUGCGCUACCAAAGUGAUGCCGACCUUGAGGUGCUCCGCAAAAAGUUGGCCAAUGCUCCAAGACCGCUCAAGAAACGCAGCUCCAUUACAGAGCCAGAGGGCCCCAGUGGGCCUAACAUCCAGAAGCUUUUAUACCAGAGAUUCAACAGUCUCGCAGGAGGAAUAGAGGGGAAUGGUGUCGGUGGGUCAGGAGGUAGCAAUGGCUCAGCCAAUGGAAUGCCAUUUUAUCAGCCAGCUCAUUCACCAGCAUAUCUGGGUGGUGAGUCUGUUGCUGACACAGACAAUGGAAACCUCCCCUCUGAGAUGGGGCUCCCACCACCACCUGGUGCAGAGGAGCUGGGAUCUAAAGGUUCACCUCCACUCACAGAUGCUAAUGACAACCAGCCACUGCCGCCACCACCAGAAGGACUCGAGGACCCAUCUGACCAGGAUGGACCAGAGGAUGACAACAACAACAAAUUAGGUGGCUCCGAAGCUUCGCUUCCCAGCGCUGUGUUGGAGGUCCGCACUCCAGAAGACAGUGGCAUGAUGGCCUCACAGCUCCUGGAGAAGCGUACAAAUCUGAAGAAGCUCAACUCUGAGCGCACUGGCCACAGCUUCAGGGUAAAGUUCAACCCUCUGGCCCUGCUGCUGGAUGCCUCAUUGGAAGGAGAGUUUGACCUGGUCCAGAGGAUCAUCUACGAGGUUGAUAAUCCAAGCACUCCAAACGAUGAGGGCAUCACGCCUCUCCACAACGCCGUAUGUGCAGGACAUCACCACAUUGUCAAGUUCCUGCUCGACUUUGGCGUAAAUGUCAAUGCUGCAGACAGCGAUGGAUGGACUCCUCUUCACUGUGCUGCCUCGUGCAAUAGCGUUCACCUUUGCAAGUUACUGGUCGAGUCUGGAGCAGCCAUUUUUGCCAGCACUAUUAGUGAUGUGGAAACGGCUGCAGAUAAAUGCGAGGAAAUGGAGGAGGGUUAUAUUCAGUGCUCUCAGUUCUUAUACGGUGUGCAAGAGAAGCUGGGUUUAAUGAACAAGGGGACAGUGUACGCUCUGUGGGAUUACGAAGCUCAGAAUGCUGAUGAGCUGUCUUUCCACGAGGGGGACGCCAUCACCAUUCUACGGGGACAGGACGACAGUGAAACAGACUGGUGGUGGGCACGACUUGAAGACAACGAGGGCUACGUGCCACGCAACUUGCUGGGGCUCUAUCCGAGGAUCAAGCCUCGUCAGCGCUCCCUAGCAUAGCGGUACCCGCUGCUGAUUUUUGUUAACAGCUGCACUACUGACAAACGGAGAGCCGAGAACAAAGGAGCCUGGCGCUCAGUCUUCUCCCAGACACCACAACCUCCCCAGCUAUGUGCUUCUCGCCAACACAGAAACAUCUCAUACACAAACACUCCAAACACAUCCCUCUUUUAAAUCACUCCAUCCUGAAGUCUCAUCUUUCAUCAUAUUCCUCUGUGACUGUGCCACUUUGAUUUAUUUUUUUACCCCUCCUCAGUCAGCCUUGUAUCAAACGUCAAAGAAAAAUAAAACACCAUUGUCUCAGUAUUUCUUGAGGUGUAAACACGGCUUCAGUAAUCUCAUUCUCACAUGAAGCCUACGUUUAUAUUUACAUGACACUACUAUGUGGAAGGGUGACAAGUUCUGGAUAUUUGUCAGAGAAAUAAUUUGUUGAAGGCAUUUAAAGAAACUGCCAACUGGUAACUUUUCUGUACCAGGCACGUCUGUUCAUUUUCUCUUAUCUAACCACCAAAUUAGUGUGGAGUCGAUUCUUUGAACAGGUUCCCCUCAGAACCCGCCUGAAUUAUAGAGGUCCGGCAAAAGAUAAAAUGUAACAUGAGAUUAUUACACGAAUGUUAUGUGUAAUGAUUAAUUCAUCAUAAAAUGGGAUUUUGAAGUUCUUCAAAAUGUUUGUAUUGGUCCGAGGAUAAUUUUAGAAGAUUAAAUUGAAAAGGCUGUUUAUCACCAGUAUUGGUUCAAGCUAUAGAAACAAAAAUCCUUGGUCCAUUUCAGCUAACGAGCUAAUGCAGAAUUUUAGCAUAGUGAGGUAAAAAGUCCAAUUUAUUUAACUUUAUUUUUAAAAGACUUUUGCAUUCCAGUUCUGUCAGUUCAAAAUGGAUCCAAGAGUAUUAUGAUACUAAACUGUAAUUUACUGUUAAGCACAAUGAUUUUGUUUCCUUUUGCAAUUUCAUUAAGCAGGUCUCUCACCUGGCUGAACUUGGCACUGAAUAGUCCCAAGUCGCUUCUCGGCAAAUCUUGAAAAUAGAGUACUUCAUGGGGAGCUCCGUAUACUGCUUGGUAUAGCUCAACACUGCCGGAAAAAUUGGUUAAACUUGUACAGGUGUCGCCGACCGAACAGUCCCCCCAAAAAUCUGUCCCCCCGAUGACGCGGUUUGCGGAUUAACACCUCGUUUCUGCUUCAGACUGCACUCCAGUCAUCAUCUAUCUCAGCGACAGAUAUCUGAAGCUUUUGUACAACAAUCAUUUCCACAUAAAUUCAGCAUUAUUUCAUCAUAAAAGGCAGCGGAGUGAUCACAGCCCAGUGGCUAAACGAGCUGCCAGCUGAUGCCUUCACUGUGCUUCGGACAUUUCAAAGCGUCACGGAAUUUUGCCUCAUUUCUGCUUAAAACGGCCUCAUUUCUGGGUAAAACAGACUUUAGAAUGAUUUAAGAGGUUUUACCUUUAUCAUCUGAUGGUUAAUAAUCCCAUUAAUCCAUUUGUUUGCUUUGGGUGAAGAGACUCCGUCUCAGACGUGCUGCUGUGAUCUGAAAUGAAGCAUGUGCAGAAGCAAAAGGUGGACUGAUUUUUAGGGUCGGACCAUUCGGUCUACGACACUGGCUGUGAAUGUGUUGAAAUAAAAUUUGCGAAAUUGGUCAAACUCUGAACUAACUCUAUCUGCUUUAACCUUAUAGUCAUGUUGUGUAGCUCGGAUUAACUUCAGCACAACUCUGCAUCCAGUUUUUGGGAUCCAGUUGUCUAAAGGUGUACUGCGUUUACCCCCAAACUAUCCCAACUUGUGCCGAGUUCUGCAGACUACUAUAAUGCCCAUGUUUUGCUGGACUUGUAUACAAGUUGUUAGUUGCUACUUGGGAAGCAUUUUGCGUCAAACUUGGCCAGGUUGAGGGUUUGUUUUUUAAAAUACCAGUCAAGGUAUUUACAGUAGCAAUGGUUUUUAACUUGCUCAUUUCAAGUAUCCAUCAUUGCAUCAAUGCUGUUUUUAUAAGAUGUGUUCUGUAUUCUGACGAGGGAAGCAGGCUCAUUAUAACUGGAAAGACUUUAAUGCUGCUCUUCUGAUAAACAAGACAUCCAUCUAACUGCAUACCACGGUAGAUUUAUUUUGUUCCCCCCAAACAUUUUGUUGUGGAUGUGAGAAACCCCAUCUGACACUUGAAGCACUUUUCUCAGGACCAACAUGGUGCUGCUGACACUGUUCCACCACUCGACUCGUGAUCGUAUUUCAGUUUUCACUUAUAGCCAGUCAAACAUUUAGACAAACGUAAACAUGAUCAAUUCAUCCUCACAGAUCGAUAGCUGAAGAAAAACAAAGUCUGAAAGAAGUUUAAAUGUGCUUCAGACAAUCCUGACCUUACCCAGUUGUCUUCCUUCUUCCUGUCCCAACUUCAGGUAUGUGCCACGUCGGUAACACUAACACACGUGUUAACUACCCCGUCACUGAACAACUCUACAGACCUAUGAACCUUGAAUGAAUAUUAUGCCAAGUGUGUAAGUUGCCCGGCCUUUAUCAUGGCUCAAACUUGUACACAGUGUGAGGAAAUGUUAUAUAUCUGUGUGCUGUAUGGACAAGUGGGUUUUCUCUAUUAAAAAGAAAGCUGUACUCACAUGAAUUUCUGUAAAUGUGAACAAUAAAAUAAGCUAUGGCAUGACA